AUGAAUUAAAUUUAAUAAGACACUGAAUAGCCAAGUUCAAAAUUGAAUUAGUUAAUGUUAACUGAUGAACCUAUUGGUGAAAUUCAGGAUUUCCUUAAUUAUUCACUAUCAGAAGGCAAUUUUUCAAUACAAGGUUCAAAAAUUCAAAGCAAUCAUAAUUAGAAUAGUCAAAUUUCCUAGUAAAAAGCUUAUGAAGGCAAAAGAGUUUAAUUUGAUUCGACUCUUAAUAGUCCAUCUACUCAAUUUCUAGUUAAUAGAAAGAGCAUUAGACUCUCUGAAACUCCUCAACAAUUACAUCAAUAAUAACAAAUAUACAGUGUUAUUUAAUUCUGCUUUAUUAAGAGAUUCAUAAAUCGAAUAAGUUGGAAAAAGAAAAUAAAUGCAUAAUUUAAUUUCUAUUAAUAUAGAAUAAUUAAAGAUUUAGGUUCAUCAUUCAAUUUGAAACUUUUUAGAGAUAGUGCUCUUAAUCUUAAACCUAUGAUUAGUCAAUUUAGUAAUUCUCAUGAUAAUUUAAAUUAGAGUUUGAAAAAGAAGUAAUGAUCAUAAAAUUAUUAGUCCUAGAGAAUUCACAGCAAAAUUAUCAAAACAUUAUUCUUAAUUAAAAACUUGUACUAAUAAUUUAUAUAAGAAAAUAGAAUCAGAAUUAGAAAAGAUACCUUUAAUUACUCCAGAAUCUAGAUUAAAAAUAGUAUGGGAUUGUGUUGUAAUGAUAAGUAGAUUAUAUUUUCUAUUUACAAUUCCUUUGGAUUUAGCUUGGAAUUAAUAAUAAAUCAUUUAUGGUCAAUUAUUUACACCUACUAUUUUAAUGAUAAUGUUAUUAGUAAUAGAUUUCAUUUUAAGUUUUAAUAAUUCAUUUUAUUAAUUUGGAUAAAUAGUUAGUAAUAGAGCAACAAUAGCUAAAAAUGUAAUUAGUAAAAGCUAUGGUUUAGAAGCUAUUUCAAUACUUAUUUUGGUUAUUUAUGCAAUAAUUUUUAAUUCAUCAAAACAUGGAUUUAAUCUUAUGAAUUAAUGGUGGGAUUUAUUAAUGUUGUUAUUUUAUGUACAAUGUAGAAAUAUUCCUAAAUUAAUCAGUUAAAUAGAAGAGACUUUAAAUUUAUCCAAACCAAGUAGUUCUUUAUUAGAAUUAUUAAAAUUAUUGUUAGUUUUAUUCUUUGUUUUACAUUGUUUUUCAUGUCUUUGGUACUUUGUAAUUUAUAAUAUUAAUAAAUUAUUAGGUUGGAUAUUAUAGUUAAUUGUAUUCAGAGAAAGGAUGUUGGUUAGAAUUUUAUCACAUUUAGAAUGAAACUUGGUCAGUUUAAUAUUUAUAUUCAUUUUAUUUUUCUACUGUCACAAUGUUCACUAUAGGUUAUGGAGAUGUUGUACCUAUUAGUUAUUUAGAAAGAAUAGUUGCUAUUCUAUAUAUGAUGAUUUGUAGUAUUCAAUUAAGUUACAGUGUAAGUACUGUAGGAGCUAUUAUUGAUACAAUAUCUGCUUAUGGAUAAGAGAAGAUGAGAAAGAUGAGAAAGAUAAACACUUAUAUGUAAAAUAGAAAAAUAGAAUAUUAAUUAUAAUAUUAAAUUAGAGAAUAUUUAAAUUAUUAUUGGGAAUCAUAAAAUUAAGUAGAAAAUGAUGAAUUAAAUGAGAUUAUAAAUUAAUUAUCAGAAAAUUUAAGAGAAAAAUUAAUGAAUUAAUCAAAUUCAAUGAUUUUAAAUGAAUGUCCUUUAUUUAAAAAUAAUUUUAGUGAUGCUUUAAAAUCUAAAUUGGUUCAUAAAAUAAAACCAGCAGUUAUAUAACCAGAAAACAUAAUAAAUUUUGAUUCAAUAUUCCCAUAAUUACCUGCAGGUUAAUUAUAUGUAUGCUUUGUUGAAUUUGGAGAUAUUUAAAUAUUCAUUUAAAAUGAUUAAAUUGAUUAAAUAUUAGAAAAUCCAUAGAUUGCAGAAGUUAGCAAAGUUGGUAAAGGUUCAAGUUUAGGUAUUAUCAGUUUUAUUAGUGGGAAAUAAUCAUAAGAAAGAUUUAGAAGUAUAGGAUUUUCUAAAUUAUUGAUGUUAUCUAGAGAUGACUUUUUAAAAAUUAUUUAAGAUUUUCCAGAAGAUUAUGAAAGAUUUAGAAAUUUAUAUGAUAGUAUAUAAUUUGAAGAUAUGAGUCCAUUACAUAUGAAAUGUUUUAGUUGUAAUUCAAGUUAUCAUAGAGUUCUUUAAUGUCCUUUAUUACAUUAUAUUCCAGAUAGAGAAUUAAUUAUUAAAAGACAUUAAUAUAGUAAUCAUUAAAUAAGAAAUUAACAUUUUUUAAGAAAUCCAUAUCGUCAAAAAGGAUAUUUUGCAGCUAGAUAUGAUUAAGAAGUAAUUGAAUAAGAGGCAUCAUCAUUUAAUAAUAAUAAUUGGAAAUGGGCUGAAUUUUAUGAGGAACCUGAUGAUGAAAUAUUAAAAAAAAGUGAUGUUUAAAAUAAUUAAACUAAUCUUGAAUAAAGUAGUUCUAAUCUAUAAUUUAUUAAUUAGCCAUAAUUCUAAUAAAUAUCUAAUUCAACUACUUUCUUUUCUGUAUUAGAUCAAUCUUCAAAAUUAAAUUUAGAACCUCCAAUUAUAAAAAAGAAAACAACUCUAUUCAAAUAAAGAACAAAAACUAUUGAAUAAAUGGAUAUAGAUGAUUAAUCAAUGAAAGCAUCUUUAAUGAGUAAAGCCAGAAAUAAUCUUAUGAUAAUUAAAGAAGAAGAAUAAUUUAAAAGUUCUACUUUUCGUAAAUAUUAAAAGAUGAAACCUUCUGUUACUAUUGAAUUUAAUUAAAAUAGAGUUAAAGAGAAUAUUUUAAAAUUGAAAAAGGUUGUUAAAGUAAUUACAAAUAUGUAUAGAAUUAAAAAAAGAUAAAAAUUAAAAAAGGAAACUAAAUCAAUUUUGAAUUCAUUUUUAGAGAUUAUUUAAACUUAAAUGUCUUUAAAAGGAGUUUUAAAUAAAGUUAGAAUUAGAUUAAAAUAAAUAUAAGAUGGUAAAAAAUAAAUUUUAUCAGAAAAAGAUAUUGCAGAUACAAUGAUUUUGGAAAUUAAAUUAAAAAUGUAAAUUAACCUAUUAAAUGAAUACUAAAAGAAAGAUUAAUAAUUGGUGAUGGAAUCAUAUAAAAAGUUUAAACAUUAUUAAAUUUAAAAUAAUUUAGAUUCUAUAUUAGAAAGAAUGUAUUUCUAUAAAUAGUAGCAUCUAUUAAAUCAUUAAUUAAUAGAUAAUCAAUCUUAAUUAUUGAAAUAUAUGAUUUACCCUGAAAUAUUCUUUGAAAAAUAUAGGUAUCAAUAAAUCAUUGUUCCUAAAUUCGAUAUCACUGAAUCAGGUAGAGAUUCUGGUCUUGAGUCUGAACAUACUUUAAGACGUAGUAAAUUGCUUAAAAAAAGUUUUAGAAAUGUGAAAUCAUCUUAAGUGAGACCUGUCUCAGAAGGAACAGGAAAAAUUCAAUUUUGA